CGAGAAUUUUUAGUUUUUCAUGUAUAAAGUACAUUAUUUUCUAAUCAAUACGAUGCCACCAAUAAUUUUGGUUUUCUUUUUGGUUUUAAUCCCUGCUUCUCAACAAUAUCCUUUUUCACUGGAGUCCUUAAAUGAUCAAAUAAUCAAUGAAGAAGUAAUCGAAUAUAUGCUUGAAAAUUCAAUUAGGUCCAGCAGAACCAGAAGAGUCCCUGACGAGAAAAAAAUUUAUCGUUGUGGAAGAAGAAUACAUUCGUAUGUGUUUGCGGUUUGUGGAAAAGCAUGCGAAUCGAAUACUGAAGUUAAUAUUGCAUCAAAAUGUUGCCGUGAAGAAUGCACCGACGACUUCAUUCGAAAACAGUGCUGUCCUUAAUUUCUUCUAUCAUAAAUUAACAAAA